AUGGCAGUAAUAGCCAGCCGUAUUGGGGAGCCUUGGGCCCAGCAGCAACAAUGGCCCAAUUCUCAGCAGGCUUGGCAGCAACAACAGGCAUGGGUCGUGCCACCUUCUUCCUUCCCUACAGUAGGACAAUAUCAGCCUCAACCCAUCCUCACCCGUCCACCCCAGCAAGCCUACUCCAAUGGCCCAGCCAGCUACGGGCCACCGAUGACUCUAACGGAAUUAGGCAGUGCAUAUUCGUCAAUGACUUUCUCAACUCCUGAAAACAGAUGGUACAUGGAUUCGGGUGCAACCUCUCAUAUGACGAACAAUGUCGAUACACUCCUUCCCCUUUUUAAUUUAAGCACUAAUAACCAUAUUUUAGUAGGCAAUGGUCAUCACAUUCCAAUUACUGGUUAUGAUCACACAAUCCUUCCAAAUAAUUCUCUUAGGCUCAAUAAUGUUCUUCUUGCACCACAAAUUAUCAAAAAUCUUAAUUAUGUGCGUAUAUAUACUUCUGAUAAUUCGAUGUCUAUUGAAUUUGACCCUAAUGGUUUAUCUUUGAAGGAUAUUUGUACGGGGAGGGUUAUAACGAGAUGCAAUAGUGUCAGGGAGCUUUAUCUAGUCACCACAAAUACUCCAAGCACAUGCCUAGCCACAUCUCUCACUGCAGUCACCCCGUGGCAUGAUCAUGUAGGACAUCCCGGGGCUUCUUCUUUAAAGUUUCUUAGGAGCAAUAAUUAA